AUGGAAUCUAAGGGGGAUCAAAGUUCCAAUGAUUUAGAUCCCACAUUAUUUAAUUUCAAUAGAUCUAUAUCACAAAUUAAUUCAAAUGACCCACGAAUUUUAAACCCAAUUUUGACUGAUGAUGAUGAUUUUCAAGAUCAACAAGAUAUAUUAACAGGGCAAAAUACAUCAUUAGUCAUUGACUCGCAUGGUGAUAUAGAAUCAGAGUCAGAUGUUGAUGCAAAUGAUAAUUUAAAUGGUUUGGAUGAAGAUUCAGAUGGUUCAGAAUUUAUACCUGAAGAUGAUGAUAUUAAAACUAAAGACUGGUAUCUAGCACAUUACUCAUCAAAAUUAUUAAACUCAAUUAUGCAAUCAUACAUGAUGUUGGAUGGCGAUUACGAAGAUGGAUUCGCUCACUUUAAAAUGAAUUAUCCUGAAGAAGCUAAAGACAAAUCAGUCGAAGAAAUCGAUAAAUGUUUUGAAUGUUUAAUUGACAGUUUGAGAACGACCACUUAUGACGAAAGUACUGUCGAUAUGAUUGGUGAAAUGUUAAAGCAAAGUAAUGAUGAAAGGUUGUUAGAAGAUAUUGAAAAGAUACUUGCAAGAGUGCCUAGACUAUUAGAAAUUGAAAUUGUUUAUAUUUACUAUACAAUUUUUGGUUCAAAUCAUCAGUCAUGUUAUGUUUAUUCGAUGGCAGAAAAGGAAGUUUUGAUGAAUGUUGCUUUGAAUAGAAUUGGAUUUUUGGAAGAUACAAUCAAUGAGCUUCAGGAUCAAGGUUAUUUUAAGACUAGAACAUCAGGGAAUGUCAUUGAUUUAUAUGGCAAAUUAUUGAGAUCAUUAGAAGCUAAAACAUUUUCCAAUAAUGAAAUAGAAUUUGUCAAAAAAUUAUUGACCAAUGUUCCAGUAAAUCAAGUGUUGGAAAUAGUUAGAAAGUGCAACCCUCCAGUUACUUUAAAUACCCUAGAUAUGCUUUACAUUUUCCAUAUUGAAAUACAGGAAAAUUCGCUUUCCGGAACGUUUUGGAACGUUCGAGACAAGGCUAUAGUCUUACAUCACUUAUUGAAAAGAAAAGGAUCUGUUGAAGAGGCCACAAAUGACAUGAAGAAAAAUGUUCUUCAAGGUCGAACAAAUGCUGCUAUUCAACAGAGGUAUUUAAUAUUAAUUAGAAUUUACGGUAAAAAACAUUACACUGAUGACCAAAUCAAAUUGGUGGAAGAAACUUUAAAAAAUUCAAAUGAAGAUACUUUAUUACAAGAUAUUAAAUCGAAUGUUAAUAAAUUCUCCGAAUUAUCUUUGGUGGAUGUUGUAUAUGUUUAUUACUUAAAAGUUAAAAAAGUGUCGCUCAAAAACUCAGAAUAUUCUGAAUUUGAAAAGGUUUUAAUACUUAAUGAACUUUUUAAAAGAAAGAAAGAUAGAAAAGAAGUUAUUGCAGACCUACUCAAAACUCAUUGUCAUGGUAGAAAACCAGAAGGUAUUGAAUCAACAUACGAUCGCAUUAUUGCUGAACUAAGAAAGAAAAAAUAUUCAACAGAACAAAUAAAAUCGGUUGAAAAAAAUCUUCAAGAUGCAACACCAAGCACCAUCUUUGAGUAUCUCAUAAAUGAAAAUCGUCCUUUUCAUUCGUCAUUAAAUUCAAUUGACGUUAUCUAUAUUUAUUACGUUAAAAUUUUGAAAGUAUCAAGUCUUAAUACUCCUUAUUCAAAGGAAGAGAAAGAAGUAAUGAUGUCUCGUAUUUUAGGAAGAAAUUACUCCACUCUGGUCAACGAAGUAUUCACAGACUUGAGCCAAAAUGACUUUUGGGGCCGAACAGAUCUGGCACUUGAAAAAGCUUAUGAAAAAUUGAAUUCAGAAUUCAAGAAGAAGAAAUAUAACAAAGAACAAAUUGAAGUGGUUGACUCAUUAUUUAAGGACGUUUCAAAUUCAGAUUUACUACAAAACGUCAGAGCAAAGAUGAAUCAGUUGUCAACAUUGAGUGUUUUAGAUGUAUUAUAUAUACAUUACGUGAAGCUUGUUAAAUUAGAAGAAAGAGAAGAGCUCGUACUUCAAAAAAUAUUGAGUCGAGAUGGUAGUAUCGAUGAUGAGGUUUUAAAAUUACGUCAAAAUUACUUUUAUGAAUGGGACAAGUCAUUUGUACACACAAUUUAUAACAAUGCUAUUGCUAAAUGUGAAAACAAAAAUUACACUGAAGAAGAUAAAAAGAAGGUAAAUCAUUUAUUAAGAGACACGGAUGACGAAUCAAUUUUAUUGAAUAUAAAAUCAAACAUAAACCAAUUUUUUAAUUUAAACACUUUAGAAAUUUUGUACAUCCAUUAUGUCAUUAACCAGGCUGUAUUAACUCAAGAGCGUCUGGUUUCAGCCGACAUAAAUUUCAUUUUGUUUGAAGUUUUCAAUAGUUCCAAAACAUUGAAAGAUAAAAUUGCUGAAUUAAAAAUUAAAUAUUAUAAUCAUAAAACAGAAUCAAGUCUCCAAAGUUCAUAUAACAAAACAUUAGUCAAAUUGAAGAAGAAGACGUACAAGAAUGAAGAAGUAGCUUUUGUCGCAACCACAUUUAAGAAUACAAAGACGCAAGACCUUAUGCAUGAAAUAGACUCAGCUGCUUUACCUGAAGGUUUAAAUGCUUUAGAUGUAAUAUUUAUUUAUUUUAAAAAGGUGACAAAAACAAAGGCUAAAGUAGAAGAAAGAUUUUCUGAAGAAGAAAAGCUAGCAAUAUUAAAUCAAUUAAGUGGAAAGAAAAAUUUGAGAAGUAAAAGUGUAUUGAGUAGUGCUGUAUCAGAAAUUAAAAAAAAUUGUCAAAUUGACGCAGAAGAUUCGACCGUACUUGAUUUGUUUAAGAAGACUAAUGAGAAAUUGAGUUCAAAUAAAUACACUGAACAACAGGUAAAAUGGAUUAAAUCUAAUUUUAAAAACACUAAGUUUGAUGAUUUAUUGAAAGAAAUCAAUGAAAAAGUCGAGCAAUCACCUAAUUUGAGUAAGCUCGACAUAUGUUUCGUGUAUCAUUCUGAAAUUAUAAAAUCGGUACCAAUCAAACAAGAUAGAAAGAAGGUAAGCUUGACUGAUCCUCCCAUUUUGGAACAAGAUAGAAAAGAGGUAAGCUUGAACAGUGCUCUGGGUUUGAGAAGAUCUUUUAGAUUAGCAAAGCAAUCUAAUGUAGUUCCGUUGACAAAUGCUGAGGUUGUUGAAAAUAAUAUAAUUAGUGUUGAAGAAAGUGAAAUUGAGGAAGAAAGUGAAAUUGAAGAAGAAAGUGAAUAUGAACCUGAAGGAACAAGUAGAAGAUUAAAGAAAAGAAAAAUUGCAAAUACAUGA